AUGGAUUAUGCUGGCUUUGAUAGGGUGUCUUUUGAUGGGGCUAGUGCUAGUGGCAACUUAGCACAUAACAUGGCGUCAAGGGUUUGGCUGGAGAUACUAGACGGCUUCAAUCUUGAUGCAAUUUUUCUCAAUUGUCCUUAUUUUUUGGGGAAAGAUCUAAUCAGUAUUGAGCUAACGAAAUUACAGGCGAAGGCCUAUGUUGAGGGCAUCUGGCAUUAUGUUCACCCAAAAUCUACGAGGGUUGAUGAUCCAUUGCUGAAUCCUCUGAUAGAACCAAACCUUCUGAAGCUAGGCUGCAAAAGGGUGUUGAUGUGA